AUGGCUACAUCAGGCGCUAAUCCCACCUCUGCCCUGUUACAAGACAUGUUGCGAGAGAAGAAAGCGCAGACACAGCGCGUGAAAAAAACUUAUGACCCUACGAACGGACACAAGAAUGGGCGCGACGACAGAGACAUUCAGAGCUCCCCAAUUCCAUCAAUGAGCGCAAGAGACAGGUUCGACGCACAUUCUCGGCGCGGCAGUGGCGUUAGUGUCAGGAGUGUGACGAUGCCGAAAGAGAUGGGCUUUAGGGAAAUGGAAGAACACAUCUCGAAAAUCAACAAACAGAAUUUCGACCUCAAGCUGGAAGUCUUCCAUCGCCGCCAACGGAAUGAAGUCCUUGAGUCCAGGCUAGAAAAGUUUCAAGAGCUAGAGGCUAACAACGAGGAGCUACAAUCUAUCAAUGAGGAGCUGCUGUUGGAACUUGAGAAACGAGAUGUCGCGAUCCAAGAAGCUGUCAGCUUGAUCUGUGAGCUCGAAGCCAAGAACGAAGACCUGCAAAUGGCAGUGGUCAAAAUGGACUUCACACAAUCGUCCAGCACAUCGGGCCCAGAGCCUGUCAAAGAAGGGAAUAGGCUUUCGGCUUCACCUCUGUCUACAAUAUCAGGUAUGGGGCCUAGCGAUGCUUCCCUCCUUACUGAUAUUGGCCUCCCAACUGAUCUACAAGUACCAUCAGAACACAGCCUCUCAGCUCCUGACACACUCUCCCCGCCAAAGGCGAGUUCAGCACGCCGAGUCCCAUCUUUCCUCCGAGAGACCAAGAAAAGCACCAAUGUCUUACGUAGCAUGUAUUCGAAAGACGGGAACGCAAGCUUCGUUAGCGUCGCUCAAACCGUUAGCCUUUUCAGUGGAGACGAUGAUGAUGAUUACGUGGACCGGCAAAUGACAAACUCUCCACGGCUCAGCAUUCUCAGCGAGAGCGGCUUCUCAAGUAUUUACGGAGGUCGCAACGAUCAGAUCUUUGGUGAAACAAACAACAAAGGCGAAGUUGCUGAGCCGCCUCUUCCCGAACUGCCAAGCAACCAUCCACAGCGGGACACUCAACGCGAAUCAAGAUUACACAAAUGGUUGGAUGAGAGAAAUAUGCCGAGGACGCCUUCUCCAAAGGCUAAAGCCAAUGACAACAUCUCAUCAAUAGGUGAAGUUUUGAGCGAAGUACCGAAUUCUUCCCAUGACCGAAACUCCGCAGAGACUAUAUCCAUAGUCCAACAUCCUCGUGAACAGCGUACUCCUGAAAAGCGGCAGGUCAAGCAGGUUCGAAGCCCUGAGAAGAGAUAUGCCUCACCAUCCUUCGGGGGGCCUAUUUUCGGAGCUGCUGUAUUGCCACCUACUCCGGACACGAUGAGUACGGCCACGUUGGAUGCUAAUUCGUCUACACCUAGCAUUAUCACCGAAAAGAGUUUGCUUGAUGGCACACCCUAUUUAGCUAAGGGCUACUCGGCAUUGGUACCAGAUAUCCGCCCUCAGACUUCCGAUAGCACCAGUGGGUCAGCAAGUCCGGGAUCGUUGAAAGACACUGCUCGGCAGGACAUGAGGGCUCGCAGCGACGCGCUUGGCAUCUCUGAAUCUGACACUCCAACGCGGCCCUCGCUCAGAACCUACGGCACGGAGACGUCCAGUGGAGAAGCGUUGUCAUCCACACAAGCAUCCCGAACCCUAUCAUAUCCAUCUCCAACGAGCAGAGCGCGACGUCUGUCCGACCAGCGAUCUCCUAAAAGCUACAGAGGAUCUGAUUCGAAUAGCGAGAAGACACUAAACCAAUCGCCGCAGGAGCGGCUGCGCUCAGGUAGCGCUGCCACCAUCACGCCCAUCAGACGUACAGCUAGAGACGAUCAGCACUCACCUUUCUUCUCCCAAAAUGCAGCCGCUCCAUCUCCAAUCACCGCUUUACCGCAUCUCGCCGCAUUUCCUCAGCCCCAACGCGCUUCGUCCUUCCGCUCCAGAAUUGCGAGCAAAUUCAGCCGCUCCAUCAGCAACGUCAGUCGUAUCCCAAAUCCUUCCUCUAACCCUCAAGAUAGCAUGCCCUCAAGACCUCCAGUAACCCGCGCCCCUGCCUCAAUUCAGCACGCUCGUCUGCCGAGGCCGGCAAGUUUGUACGGUCAGCAUCCCGUCCCCGUUCCUAGCCCUAGUCCUACUCAUCGUUUGAACCCAAUGCUUCCAGAAGGCAUGCUAACAGACCUGGAACGCUACAGCGCCGGAUCUGCCAAGCACCUCGAGCGGCGAAGAGAUCGCAGGUGA